CUUGCCGCGGUGCGUGAAGCGAUUCUGCCGCGAGGAGAGCGUUUCCAACACAGAACUUUCUUUGGACGAACCGCUCACCGGAUUCUCAAAUGAAUAGGUUUGAAGCCAUUAACAGAGGCUUUCUGUGAAGACGCCGAGGAAACAUUACCUGCGUUUUUCUCAAAGCUUUGCAAAAUGAAGCUUUGGAGUUUUGUGUUACCUGUUGUCUUGUAUGCAGUGUCUGCACAAGGGGGAUCAAAGCUUCAGGAGCCAUGUGCAGGCCGGGACUGCAGUGGACCAUGCCCGUGUUUGCCAUUAAAGGGUAGCAGGGGUCAACCUGGGGAACCUGGACAGAUGGGUAGCAUUGGUCCUGAGGGUAUUAUUGGGGCCCCGGGGCCAGUUGGGCCCAAAGGAGAAAAUGGCCAUGUAGGACGCAAAGGCCCCCCUGGACGAAAUGGAGAUAAGGGCCCAAUGGGUGUUCCUGGGUUUUCUGGUAAUGAUGGAGUUCCAGGACACCCAGGUCAGGAGGGGCCCAGGGGACCUCUAGGUUUGGAUGGCUGUAAUGGCACACGAGGUGACCCAGGUGACAGAGCCCGUGAUGGAUUUCCUGGUCUUCCCGGUGCUCCUGGACUCUCUGGUCAAAAAGGUCAAAAAGGAGAACCAUAUUAUAUAGAUCUUUCUGGACAAAAUUUUUUCAUCGAAGGCCCCCCAGGUCCAAUGGGAUUUUCAGGUCCAGUGGGGCCCAGAGGUCCAGAUGGAUUUACUGGUGCGCCUGGUCCACCUGGUCCUCCUGGACCUCCAGGAAGUCCAGGUCAAGGAUACAAAGGAGAGCCAGGAGAAAAGGGAGAUGUGGGCUCGCCCGGUGACCCAGGCCUCCCACUGGUCAAUGGAGUGGUGGAGCUUGUUGGCUUUCCAAAAGGAGACAAGGGAACUAAGGGUGAUAAAGGCUAUGAUGGUACUCCAGGUUUUCCAGGGAGAUCAGGACCACCAGGCCCAUUUGGGUAUAGAGGUGAAACUGGAGAAAAGGGAAUCCUGGGCUUGCCAGGCUUAAGGGGUCCACCUGCUCUGAACGGUUCUCCUGGCCUUCCUGGGAUAAAAGGCUUCCCUGGGACUCAGGGUUUUCUGGGACAACCAGGUUUUUCUGGCCCAAAAGGUGACAGGGGAGACCCAGGUCCACCUGGGCCGAUUGUGGAACCAGAAGUUGGAAUUAAAGGUCCUCCAGGUGAUCCUGGCUUUCCUGGUUAUCCGGGGAUAACUGGAGAUACGGGUUUUCCAGGGCUUCCUGGUCAGCCUGGUUCUCCUGGAGCGCCUGCUUUUCUCACAGGUCGUCCAGGCAUCCCUGGGUUCCCCGGUAGUCGUGGACCCAAAGGACAGAGGGGAAACCGAGGUCGGAAUUCUUAUGGUCCUGAAGGUCUUCCUGGAAAUCAGGGCCUUUCUGGACCUCCAGGUCUCCCUGGGCCACCGGGCAGUACACCAAACCAGUUCUCCGCUGGACAACCUGGUUUUCCAGGUCAGCCUGGUCCGAGAGGACUUCCUGGAGACAGAGGCUUUAAAGGGUUUAAAGGAGAAAAUGGUGACUGCAACUGUUUGGGUGGAGGAACGAUUGGUGCACAGGGACCUCAAGGGCCUCCAGGGCCCCUGGGUAUUACAGGCCUCAAUGGUGCGAAGGGAGAAAUUGGUGAUCCAGGCUUCCCAGGACCCCGAGGUCCACAGGGCUUUGAUGGUCGUGCAGGUGAUAGAGGCUUUAGAGGGCGUAAAGGAGAGAAAGGUAAUACUUUCUUCCCAGAAGGCAGUAUACAAAAAGGUGAUAUGGGUCAACAAGGUCCUCCUGGACCACUUGGAGCAAGCGGCAACUCCGGAAGCGAUGGAUCUCCUGGCUUCCCUGGACAACCAGGCCCACCUGGGGAGCCUGGUUUUGGGGUGACUGGAGAUAAAGGUUUUCCAGGUAUUCCAGGGUCCAAAGGUCGUCCUGGUGACAGGGGCGAACCUGGUAUUGGCUAUCCUGGUGUAGCUGGGUUCAAAGGGUCACAAGGUGAUCCUGGAUUCAAUGGUUUUCCUGGAACACCUGGACCUACAGGUUCUCCAGGUGACAGCUGUGGGCAGGCGGGGCUUAAUGAUGCCUCUUUGGAAGAGGGAGGAACACCACUGCCCUGCAGGAUUCCUGGUGAACUUGGAGAUCCAGGAUACUUUGGAAAUCCUGGGGUGCCAGGGCCAAAGGGUCAGCCUGGUUCCCCAGGAGUGAGCGGGCGCCCAGGGUUUGAUGGGCCAAAGGGUGAGAGAGGAGAACCAGGCUCUGGAGGUCAGCCAGGAACUCAGGGUUUCCCUGGACCCAGAGGAGAUCCAGGUUUACCAGGAACAACAAAUGCUGGCUUACAAGGGCCUCCAGGAAGAUAUGGUUUUCCAGGUUUGCCAGGAGCUAAGGGAGAACCCGGUGUGGUCCUUGGGGCCACCCCUGGAGGUCCAGGUUCUCCAGGGAGACCAGGAGAACCAGGAGACAAGGGUCAACCUGGUGCACCUGGUUUAUCAGGGAGGCUUGGUAAUGAUGGACGCAACGGUUUUCCUGGCAUAAAGGGAGAACGAGGUGUGGAUGGAAUACCUGGUCCCAUAGGUCCCAUAGGUCCACCAGGAGAAAUCCCUCCCGGGGGUGUUUCUGGGCCCAGAGGGCCACCUGGAGCUAAGGGAUUUGAUGGACCUCCAGGCUGCCAAGGUUUUCCAGGGCUGAAGGGUGUGAGAGGAGAUCCAGGACCUCCAGGGCCUGGUGGAAUAAAGGGUAUACCAGGACUUCCCGGCAUCCCAGGGUCACAGGGAUUUAGGGGACCUCCUGGACCGCCUGGCAUUGGAACACGUCCAGGCAUACCUGGAAGACCAGGAAUAAAAGGGGAGAAGGGGUCUCUUGGAUUGUUGGGGUUCCCAGGAUUACCUGGUUCUCCUGGAGUCCCAGGUGGCCCAGGUGUUAAAGGUUUACCUGGUUUCGCUGGGCAGGAUGGCUUACUUGGGGGAACUGGAUCAAGAGGAACCAAAGGGGAACGUGGUGCUCCUGGUCUUCCAGGACCCUCUUCUCCAUUGUUUCCAGUAGAGCGGCUGGAAAAGGGUGAAAAAGGUGACCCAGGAGGUGGUGGACUGCCUGGUUUCACAGGACCAAGAGGUGAUAAGGGUUUUCCAGGGCUACCUGGACGUGAAGGCUUUCCUGGAUCACCUGGUGUUGCAGACCAAGCAAAAGGUUUUCCUGGCCAGCCUGGACUCCCAGGUAUUCCUGGCUCCUUUGGCUUUCCUGGACCCAAAGGUUCAUCUGGAGUUAUGGGCUUCCCUGGCUUACCAGGCCUGAGGGGUGAUGAUGGUGUACCUGGGGUUCAAGGGUUCCCAGGCACUCCAGGACAGCCUGGUGGCAAAGGUGAGAAAGGUGAUUCAUAUGAAUUAUCUGGACCCCCUGGACAAAAGGGUGUGAUUGGAAAUCCUGGAUUCCCAGGUGGUCCAGGACUUCCUGGUGAACCAGGUGAUCCAGGGUUCCCAGGAGUCUUCGGAUUCCAAGGCCAGAAAGGUUUUCCUGGAGAGCCGGGUGGACCAGGAUUUGGUGGCUCACCAGGCCUCCCAGGCAUUGGGGGUCUCCCUGGUUAUUCAGGACAGAAGGGGCGUGAUGGAGAUCCAGGCCGUCCUGGAACUCCAGGUUCAUCAGGAGAGAAAGGUUUUCCAGGAUCACCUGGUUUAGAUGGACUCAAUGGUCUUCCAGGAUCCAAGGGGCUGUCUGGAGUUCCAGGUGUGACUGAAGGUGUUCGGCCUGGAGCUCCUGGUGGGAAUGGCCUGAAGGGAGAGAGAGGCACAUCACAGCCCGGAGCACUUGGGCGCCCUGGAGACAAAGGAUCCAGAGGAGACCCUGGUGCCACUGGUUUGAGAGGCUUCCCUGGUAAUCCAGGCCCCCCUGGCCCGCCUAGACCUUCUAAUAUCCCAGGUCCUCCCGGAGACCCUGGACUUCCAGGAUUAGAUGGACGAGAAGGUCCCUUUGGCCCUCCUGGCCUACCUGGUCCACCAGGCCCUGGAACAGUCCAAGGAGACAGGGGAGAUGCUGGACUUCCUGGGCGGCCAGGAAUACAAGGACCACGUGGAGACCCCGGUGGUUUUGGAGCCCCUGGAUUACAAGGCAGUCCUGGUUUUAAAGGACAAAGAGGUGACCCUGGAUUUAGUGGUGUACAUGGACCACCAGGGUUACCUGGAGAACCAGGAGAUUUUGGCAGGAAUGGACCCAAAGGAUUAAAGGGUUUUCCCGGUCUUAAGGGACUUCCAGGUGUUGUGUUCCCACGUAACAUAACCAGCAGUAUGCUGUUUGGGGAACGGGGCCCACCAGGUCUUGAUGGGUCUUUUGGUCAGGCAGGAAUUCCAGGCCUGCCAGGCAGUCCAGGAGUCCCAGGUCCCAAAGGACUCAGAGGGCCAGUGGGUAGACUUGGUCCUGUUGGUGCAGCUGGAUCUCCUGGAACUUUUGGUGACCCCGGACCUCCAGGAAUCCAAGGACCCACAGGAACCCAAGGAACCCGUGGCUCACCAGGAAUGCAAGGUCUUCCUGGUCCACCUGCGCGCAGUACCAGUAUCGGUUAUACUUUGGUGAAACACAGUCAGUCCAGCCAGGUGCCCAUGUGUCCUCAAGGCAUGUCCAAGCUGUGGGAGGGAUACAGUUUGCUCUAUGUGGAGGGGCAGGAGAAAGCACACAACCAGGACCUGGGAUUGCCUGGCUCCUGCCUGCCGCAUUUCAGCACCAUCCCCUUCCUGUACUGCACAGUCAAUGACAUCUGCUACUACGCUAGUCGCAAUGACAAAUCCUAUUGGCUGUCCACCACAGCACCCAUUCCCAUGAUGCCUGUGGCAGAACAGCAGAUAUCUCAAUACAUUAGCCGCUGCUCAGUGUGUGAGGCUCCAUCUCAAGCAAUUGCUAUCCAUAGCCAGGAUCUCAGCAUACCGAUCUGCCCUCAGGGUUGGAGAAGUCUGUGGAUUGGUUACUCCUUCCUUAUGCACACAGCCGCAGGUGCAGAAGGAGGCGGUCAGUCAUUGGUGUCUCCCGGUUCUUGUCUGGAGGAUUUCCGCGCCACCCCCUUCAUCGAGUGCAACGGUGCCCACGGCACCUGCCACUACUUUGCCAACAAGUACAGUUUCUGGUUGACCACAGUAGAGCAGAACGAACAGUUCGUCCAGGGUCCUUCCCAGGAGACGCUGAAGGGAGUUGAGUACCGGUCACGCAUCAGUCGCUGUCAAGUCUGCAUGAAGAUCUUGUAGAUGCACUGCAGGAGACUUUAUUGAAACGAUUGGAAGAAGAGUGGAUGAGCUGAGCAGAGGAGGAUAAAGGAAACAAACAUGAACUGACUGAUUUGAUUUCUUGCCCUUGAUGCCCAACAGUGGUCAUUUGAAGGGCUAAGGUGAGCCCACGGUAAAUAUCAGUGUUCGAAUGAAAAGAAGUGGAGAAAGAGAUUUUACUCUUUAUCUGUUUAUCAACAACGGUGCUAUGUUGUGUUUUUGUGUUAAAACUUUUAAGUUGUUGGUCAUAUUCACGGCUACCUCAGAGAGUGCAUCCCAGACUCCCAGUGGAUGGCACGGAAUAAUACACCUUGAUUUUUCAAAAGAAUCCAUGCAGCGAUGAAAACAAUACUGCAUUUCAUGUAUAUGUUUUGGCUUCAGUAGCCUGUGUUGGUGCUUUCUUCGCAUUCAUGUUAACCAUUCGCUAAUCUUGUUAAUCUUGUUUACCAUUCAGCAAAAAUGGACAAACCAGCACUUUGCAAUCUUCAUGAACAAGAUUGUCCUCAUGGUUGUCACUUGAAAUGGUUAGUCUAACCCCAUACAUAUCCUAUAUGAAUUGCACU